UUCGCGCCGGGUGCCACGAUAGUCGCAUCGAAUCGAGUUCGCGCGCGCGUGCGUGCGUUUUUUGAAAAAAAAGAAAAAGAGGAAGACCCGCGAAAAAGACUAGCCGCAUCUUGUCCACUCGAUAAGACGAACGUGACGAAGAGGCCGGAAGGAGGAUGGACUAGGAGGUGAAUUUUGUGGCGGAAGGCGGAGCACACAACGGGUACGAGUUCGCGCGACAAAGUUCUGUCUCGCAAAGUGAGAGAACGUCAUCGGUCCAUGCAUCGAGAUCCUUUUGCUCCUGAGGAAGACAUCCAACAGGGGAAGUGAGAAAGAGAAAGAGCAGAAGCAUCGAUCGAUCUGAUCGAUCUGCUCGCGCCCCCCUUCCCCGCUCGUUUCUUCACUCAUCUGCCUGCCGCCUGAGCAAGACUUCACGAACGCUACAAUGUGCUGUGUGUGUGAUGUACGGUGCAGUGUGUUGGUGCUAACUUAGUGAUAACGAUAUCCCCCUCCUCCGUCACAUCUACAUCCGCGAAACCUACAAUAAACUAGUCUUGUUAUCUCGACCGGGAAUUGCUGCCGGAGAUAAGAACGGAGGCCAGGAAGAAGUUCCUUUCGCUCGGCAAAUCAGACCAAGAUUACCUAUGAUCCCGCUGGGCGUCGCGAGGACGACGGAAAAGGAAGAGAGGCGCUUUUGGCAGUAUUCCUAAUCUUCCUCCUCCCCGUUCUCUCUCUGUAUUCUGCCAUCCGCCCCUCUCUCUCUCUCUCUCCUCCCUUUCUCUCGCCUCCUCUUCCCGCUGCUGCUUCACCACCUGCUCGUUUCCUCGACGAGCGAUCGCGACGCACCGAGAUCUCGUUGGACACGAUGGACAUGAGCAGCGAGUCAAGCACCGCUAGGUGGUACGAGCCGCCUAGGUCGUCGUUGGAGCCGCCUUCAGGGGGUGCCGGGGUGGCUGGAGUGGUCGGCAACCCCAGCGAUUACAGGGGUUACUACCCCCACGCCGGACCGACGGCACAUCACCCCGCGGCCGCACAUUACGCCCACACAAGGAUGUCGAGCAGCGGCGUGUCGAGCGGUCCGGUGAGCCAAGUCUGCCGGCCGCAUUUCCACAGCUCGGUUCUCCAUCCAUGGUUGUCCGGCAGCAGCGCGGACACUUCGAAGACACCCUGGGGAUUCCCCACGACGACGGCGACCACGGGCGGCGCUGUGAGCGACGAGAAGCCACAGAGUCCCCUGGGAUCCUCGCUGCCGCCCACCACUGGAAGUUUAUCGAGUCACGGUGGCGGUGGUGCCGGUCACCAUCUCUUCUCCUUUCCACCAACACCACCCAAGGACGCCACGCCCGACAGCAUUACCGCCAGCACGACCUCCAGCACGAACAACAAUUCCACAAGCGAGUUAACAACGACCGAAAGUCAAGUCAAAGGAGUCAGAGGAAGUCAGAGGAAAACGUGGAGCAGGAGCUUUGGAGAAAGUCCUGUUAGAUUCGAAAGGAUUAUGGCCGUGCAAUUAACCGAGGAAAAGAGAAGGCGAUCCGAAAGGCCACGCUGGUCUCGGAGAAAAUGUCAUCCCGCGAGGUUGAAUAGUGAAAAGUGUAGAAAACAGAUUGAGAAUCGGAGAUCGAAACGCCUAUAUAUAUUUCUGCAUGGAAAUUCUCAAAAAUAUACACGACAGCAUGAAAUGUUGAGAAAACGACGAAUGCCUCUUCGCGCGAUCAACGUGCUUCCGUGUUCGCGUGGGAAACGUCAGAAUCGAGUUCUCGAGAAGAGAAGUUGCCGUGCUGCCUCCCGCUUUGACAAUUCGAUCUUGCGUUUCGCACGCGAGCACGAGCGAGUAAUCUUACUGCGCGAAUACGUUAACGCGCGAAUUAAUAUGAUUUUCCUUCCGUCGGGGUCCGUAGAGGGUCGCGAAUGCGUGAAUUGCGGCGCCACAUCGACACCCCUCUGGAGACGAGACGGCACUGGCCACUACCUCUGCAACGCCUGCGGGCUUUAUUACAAGAUGAACGGUCAGAAUCGACCCCUCAUCAAGCCGAAGCGACGCCUGGUAAGUACCUAAGCUGAAUUAGUUUCUUCCGAGCAAAGUAUAAACAACCGUAUGAUUAUUGCCGUCAAGCUCGAUAGGAAGAGCGAUUAAUCAAACGACGAUAAAGUAUAAGAGGGAAGCGAUAAAAUAAUUUAAAUCAUCGUAAAAAUGACACUAACUGGAAGGUGAUUUUUUACUUUUUAUAUCCGAGAUCGAUUGCUAAUCUUUAACAAGUAAACACUCGUAUGUAAAUUCACAUGCAACAUGCAUAUUUAUGUCAGUUUUAUUAAGGCUGGAUCAUUAGAAAAUGUAAAAUA